AUUAAAGUGUUAGAAAUCUGUUUCUCGUUAGAGGCAUUAUAAUCUGCAGAAUUUUAUACGUAGAAACUUAUAAUUCUGACUAUUUCUGACUAAUUGAUCUCAUUAUAUACUCAUUACCAUGUCCUUCGCUGCUUAGUAUAGUAUGAAUAGUACUUGAUACUAAAUUAUAUAAUUGUACUUAUUGUAAACAUAUUAGAUUUAAAAAAGCAAAAAGUCAAAUAAGAAAUUCCUUCCGGUAAUAAAGCCAUAUACGUAUGUAUGUAUAGAUACAUAUGUAUGUCGUAAAUCAUAUGGAUAAAUAUGGCGGCAAAACAUUGGUUUGGUAAACAUCUUAUUUAAGACUUCUGUUAAAAUAUACUGUAGUAAGUAUAUACAAUGUUUUAUGGAAAUGAAUACGUUUUAUAUAAUUUUUUAUGUGUGAUACAUACAAUAUCAGUAUAAACCUUAUGACAAAAGAAGUUCUUUUUAUCAAAGUUAUUAAUAAACAAUUAUUGCUGGCUACAACAAAACAAUUUAUUUUGCUAGUGCAAUGCUGAUGACAAGUGGAAUUUUACUUAAUUUGAACAUUCUGUGUAUCUUUGAUAUACAUAGAAGCAGAAUUCAGGAAGAAGUGAACAAAUCCGGUGACGUCGUUCCUUUUCUACUUCCGUCUUGAAGGAGCGAAAAAUUCGCGGGAAUAAAAGAAGCCGCAUAUCUGUCAGAAGUCUGUGUGUUAGUCAGAACUUCUGAACGCGUGUUCACUGAAACUGAACUAUAGUCUUAUCUAUAUUCUACAUAUGCAUAUAUUAUGUACGUAUGUAUGUGCGUAUGACAGGUGCGUAUCCACAUAAGUCGGAACCCGCGCUAGUGAGAACAGAUGAGAAUGAUAGCAGUGUAACAUAGGAAGAAGGAGGGAAAUGAAAAAACAAACGUUUCAUUGCCAGAAAAUAAAGGAUUGGAUUGUAUAGUUCUAUAUGAGAAGUUAAAUAAAAUGCAUGAUGUUAACUUAAAUGAUGCAAAAAUGAUACGAACUAAUGUUCAAAUAGCAAGCAAUAAUGUAACAUUGUGUGGAAAUGAUUAUUUAGGAGGAAUAUCACAGCAUGAACUUGAUAAAGAAUAUGAACUACCAAUGAUUGAUACAAUAAAUGAAAUACAAAGAGAAACUUUAAAUAAAAACGGAAAUUGCUUGAUAACAUCAAAUAACAAGUUAGAAAAUUCUCCAAAUUUUAAUGGACAGACACCACCAAAUAAUAUUAGUAUGAAAUUACAAAAAACACCAGAAAGUGAGUCAAGAAACAAUAGUUAUAUGAAAACAUCAUCACCUAUUAUUAAAGACAAUUGUCAUUUAAAAGAUACUUCAAAUAAGAAACUAAGAACUCCAGAUAAAAAUAUUUUUCUAUUUAGAAAUUCUAACAGCUCAACACCUUCCUCAACACCUAAAAAAUCAAAUUAUACUUCCAAAGUAUCACCUGAUAAAUCUCCAAGAAUUAGUUCAAGGAGGAAACUAUUUGGUGAAAAUACAGAUAUUGACAUUUUAACUCAGGCUAUUAAAUAUAUGAAUUUAGCAAAACAAGAUGUUAUUUCACACGAGUUUGAUCUAAAGAGUAUAUAUUUCACAAAAACAUUUGAUACAUAUAGUGACAUAGAUAAUAACAUAAAUAGUGAAGUUGCAACAGAGUAUAAAUUAAGUGACAUAAACUUAUGUGAUGAUUUGAAUUCAGAAAUUUUAUUUAAUACUAUUUUCCUUGUACUCUCUAAUCCUACCAAUUGUAGUUAUUUCAAUAAAGAUGAACUUGAUUUUAUAUUUUCUAUAAUCACGCUUCCUAAAGACGCUCAAAUGUUAUUGGCAAGGAUGAUAAAAAGAAAGAGGACAUGGUUUAGGAAAAGUAGCGUAGUUUACCCAGAAAUAGCUACAGAAUUGAAACAUACUUUUGAAGUUCUUGCUUCACGAUCUAUUUGUAGUUUCGAUAUUAAAAAUGAGAAAUUAGAUACAAUACUUGAACUAUUGCAAGUAACUGAAAUACAGCAACUUUGUAGAAAGAUGAAAAUUAAUUCUAAAGGGAACAAAAAAAGUAAUAUCCAAAAGUUAUUACAAUUUUCAAAUAAAAAAUCUUUGUUUCCUGGAAUGAAGACUCCAGGUAGUAUUUUAUAUGAUUCAAUUUUGGACAUAAUAGAUUUUUGUGUAUGUAUAAAUUUCAAAACAUGGAAUAUUAUUGAUAAGAUAAUAAUACUGCUGAUGCCAAAUCAAGAUCCAGCAAAUAGUCUGGCAGAUACGUUUCAUAUGUUAUGUGAUAUUUAUUUAGGGAAAAUAAUAUUCCCAAAAAAUUCUGGGCAUUAUUUUCCAAUAUUUUCUUCUAGAUUACAUCUAAUGAGUUAUGUAGCAGUCAGAUCUGUAUUAUCUACAACAUUACAAUAUAUAGAGAAAAAAAAUUGGAAAGAAGUAAAAAAUAAUGGCAACUGUGCUAUGGAUAUAUUAAGAAGAUUAUUGAAGGAUGAGUCGUUAAGAUUAGAAUAUUCUAUGCUUCCUAAACAUGUUACUCGUUAUAUGCCAGCAUUUGUGUGGAUGAAAAUACUUUCCAUAUCUAUAGAGGCAUUUAAAAAGGAUCAAGAUAAAAAGGCCAAAGAUGGAAAAAACGGAGAUGCAACAAACAAAAAUAAAAAGCAAGUGGUAGAGAUCUUAUUGUUCUUAUUGGAGCAAAAUUGUUAUAUGCAUACAUAUAAAGGGAAAUGGUAUGAUGAAUUAGCUCUCAUUGAAAUGUAUCACCACAAAGACAUAGAAACAUGUGCAUCCAUUAUAAUAAAAGCCUUAAAUACAGAAAACAUAACACAAAUAGAUAAAAUAAAUCUUAUGAAAAGAGCAAGAAAAAUUGUGAAGAAGAAAGAUGGAAUUAAACCAAGCACAAGAGAUACUCUUAAUAAAAUAUUAUGUGAUCAUUGUAUAUUGGAGGAUGUUAUAUCACCCAUGUUCUAUCAGAGCAACUCCGUCACUAUAUACGCCACAGAAAUGCCAAGAAAUACUGCAGGCAGUAAAAGUACUUGGUGUAUAAAAAGUAAUACUGAUGGUCAAAGUUAUGGAUCGGUAGAAACUGUUGCAUUCCAUUAUUAUCAGAAACAAGGAUUCCCUAAUGGAUUGCAUUUGGAAGGUGCAUUACCGAUUACUCUAUUUUGUACUUUGUUUUGGGAAGAAUUGUAUGAUGUGCAUGUUCCUGGAGCAUUUUCAUCACCAUAUCAAGAAGCUCCGAGUGAUUUAUUUACAGGCGAAUUCUAUGAAAAUAGGAAAAACGAAAUAGAUAGGAAACUUCAAAUUAUUGGUAGCUACAAUUCUGAGUUUUUAAGCUCCUUCAUGCAAGAAAAGUUCGCGGAAUUUGGACGAUAUCGAUCGAUAAUGUCAUCAAGUCCAAUUAAGUCAGAUAGUUUGCAACUGAAGCAAAUAGUACAUUGUUUGGGAACUCAGGGUGUAAUAGGGAUUUGUAAACGACUGAUUGACAAUUUCAAACUCUGGAAAGCUGGAUUUCCAGAUUUAAUUGUAUGGAAUUAUGAUACCAAAAGGCAUAAAAUUAUAGAAGUGAAAGGCCCACGAGAUGUCCUUUCAACCAAACAACAAUCAUGGUUGGAGUAUUUACACCAUCUUGAACUAAAUACCGAAGUAUGCCUAGUACAAGAUAAUACGUCAUGCAAAUAGUUCAAGUAAAAAAGUACAGGACUUCGAAGACUAUUCAUGAAUGUUUUACAUGCAUUUCAAUAUCUCAGGAUUGUCACAAGAUAUCAUAAGAUUUUGAAUAUAUUACUACAUUUUAUAUUUUCUUACA